CAGUUAAAAUAUGGUUUAAAAAAUAAUAAAUAUUCUGCUAUUUGUUAAUAUAUAGUUAAUUAUACACUUGUAAUCAAAUGGGAAAAUUUUCGAUUAAUUAUACAUUUUAAUGUUAUUAAUUUGAAAAUACGAUUGUUAUAUAUAUAUAUUACUUUUUUUGUUGAGUGUCAAGAAAUCCUAUUUAAAGAAUUAUACUAAAAUGAUAAUAAAAGUGAUUAUUUCCCGAACUUUUGGGCCAAGAUUUGGACUAUUACAAAUUUUUUCUGUGAGAUCAUGUACAACAGUUGAUAAACAGAUAAAAUUAAAAGAACAAACAGAUUCUGGAGAACUUGUGUAUGAUGAGGUUCCUAUUUUUGAGAAAAAAUUAGAAAGCGAAGAGAGAAUUCAAAAAUUAAGAAACAAAUCUAGAUUAAAUCCAUCCGAUCAUAAUCGACUUUAUGGUAAAAAACCAUAUUCGGAAAGUAUGGAAUGGUAUCAUGAUACUUUAAUGUAUAAGAGAAAAACAUUUGGUCGAUAUGGAUUAAAAGCACUUGAUGCAACGCCUGGAAUAGCUUGGCCAACGGAGGAUGAAGUUGAAGAUUUAAAAGAAUAUGAAAAAAUCUAUAAUCCACUUACUUUACAGGAAAAUUGGAAAUUAUUCGAAGAAAGAAAGCAAGCUGCUGAAGAGGCGAUAAGACUCAGAGAACAAGAAAUUGAUGAAAAAUUGAAAAAUAUGAAUCAAUGGAAGCAAGAUUUACAAAAAAAGAUUGAUCAAAAGCAAGCAACUGAAACGGCAGCGAGAUUAAAGAAAGAAAAAAUGAUGGAAGAAAUUCGUCAACAUUUUGGUGUUAAUGUUGAUCCACGUAGUGAUAAAUUUAAAGAAUUAAUGGCAAAAAAAAUGGAAGAAGACACUAAACGAAAGAAGGCAUUGAAAAAAGAAGAAAAAGCAGCAAGACAAUUGAAAAUUUUAACUGAACAAAUGCAAACAAUAGAUGAUAAAACAAAAUCUGAAGAAAUAAAAACAGAAAUCACAACUAAAAAUAAUGAAACUAAAGAUCCAAAAAUCAAAAUCAAAUAAACAAUAAUAUAGUGUUUAAAAAUAAAACAUCUUCUUUGUAAA